CCGUCUCACAAAUUGGGUCGAAAGAUAAAAGGGAGCAUGAGUACCUGUGGUUCGACCUCCACUUCCCUCCUUGCCAUUGAAACCAUCAAGCAAUUCCUCCGUCGCUUUCUUCAAUACUCAAAACCAUGUCUCUUUCUGGCACCUGGGCACUUGCCCCAGCAUUCACGCGCGAAACGAUGAGCGACAUUGCCCUCGGCAAUGUCAUCGCAGAUCCUCACGCACCUGACAGCCCCCUUCAGCAGGUCAAGCCCGAAGACCUGAGCGACUUUCCGACUGUUGAGGACGACGAUGAAGACUCCUAUCAAAUCGAGUCCGCUGACGGAUCGCCGCUGGCCUUGGGUCUCGGAGCGAGAAUCUUCAAUUCCCUGACGUUCGCAGUGUGGCACCAAAGACCUGCCAGCGGCUUCGCGAGCCAUAGCGUGGUGGGCGUGCGGACGCGGAAGCUCGCUCCCAAUUUUCCCUGGAAUGAACUUCACCUGUUUUUCGAACGAAAGUCAAUCCGUGCCUACCUAAUCUCUGGCAGGCCGCUUUACGUUGUGUCUGGUAUCAUGAUCGCGACGAAAUUCCUUCGGCACACCGUUCGGGAUCCGCCCCGGACGGAUCUUGGAUUCGGAUUUGGCGACAUUUCCUUCUCCGUGCAUCUCACGGGCAGCAGGGGAAUCUUUAGCCCCGAGAUCGGGAACGUCAACGCCGGCCUCAACAAUAUUCUCUUUGCGUAUCGACUGCACAAGGUCACUCUUGGCUCCGGGCCCCAGGAACCGCAGAUCCAAGCGCAACUCCAUCGUCCACCAGCAGCAUUCGCGUCGGUCAAUCCCGACAAGGCCAACAAGGGUGAGGAGGAAGGGGGGGAGGCGAAGGAGGAGGGAAACACUGGUAGUGGGGGAGGUCCCUUCUUGCGUGCUGACGAGAUGACUGCCGAAGACUGGCGCAAGCAUGAUUUUCAGAUCUUGGUCCCUGCGUUCGAGGAGACCGAGACUGGAAACUAGGUAGCUUUUUGCUUGUUAUUCGGCGACUCGGUGGGGACGGAAGUCAUCCAGUCCAUGUAUGGUCACAUUUGUCUAUUCCUACUCGGCGUAACUUUUGCCUCCCUAUGUAGAGGUAGACUAUCGCGCUGUGCCCCUUCCCCCGAGACCGUUGUACUUGAUGUGGUUCACGCAGCUGCAUCCCACACCAUCAACAAGCUAGUCGGUGGUCCCUCAAUCCCAGCCUUCUCCCUCCAUGCUUCAGCCAGACCUUUCAGUGCAGCUUCCAUCCUCUCCUUUCUUUCCAGAUCGUCACCCGAAUUGACACACUCCAAUAAAGUGGCCGCAAUGACGACGAGGAUGG